AUGGACUCCGGAAAGGGCAAAGUCUACGCUGUGACCGGACUGGGAGGUAUCGGCUUAGCCGUCGCCCGCCAACUCCACGCCCAGGGCGCCCUUCUCUCGCUAGCAGACUUGAGCCGAGAAGUUCUAAACACAGCACAGCAUACAAUUGAGGCUGAUUUUGGUACCUCGACGACCUCCACAAUCAUGACAACCGCCUUGGAUAUCAGCGACACAUCCUCAGUGAAGGAGUGGAUCGCAUCUACAGUCUCCCAUUUCGGUCGCCUGGACGGCGCCGCCAACAUGGCUGGCACGAUUGGCAAACACCAUGGGACGGGCAAGUUUAUCGACCAGGAUGAUGCCGAGUGGGACAUGUUGAUGAGGGUGAACGUGACGGGAUUGAUGUACUGUUUGCGUGCGGAACUGAAGGCCAUCAUGGAGACUGCUCCCGGUGGUCAAGGCAGUAUCGUCAAUGCGUCGAGUAUCCAAGGAAUUCGAGGAUUUGCACUGCAUGCCGCUUACUCGACGACCAAGCACGCUGUGGUUGGGCUUACAAAGUCGGUCGCCAAGGAAGUUGGACCCAAUAUUAGGAUAAAUGCCGUCGCACCUGGGUCUAUUCAAACUCCCUUGCUUGACAUGGCCAAGGAGAUCCAAGGCGAAAUCAGUGCACCACCAACUGCCAUCCCACGCAUUGGGAGAGCUGAGGAGGUUGCACAGACAGUUGUGUUUCUCCUAAGCGAUGCUGCUUCAUAUACAACAGGUCAAAUUGUUAGCGUUGACGGUGGCUGGGACUCAUAA